GGCUGUGAGACUGUGAGGACACAAACACUCAGGCGACGCAAGCGAGCCAAAGGUUUGCGCCAGUUGUCUCCCCCCAGUAGUUCCUCCUGCUGUCUGACGACUGUAGACGUGUUACACUCUCUCCUCAACAUGGACGUGCUGGGACUCGUCGAUGUUCCUGUGUGGCUGAUGUUGCUCAUCAUACUAGUGCUGACACUCUAUGUGUGCACGACAUGGAACCACGGCAUGUUUACGAGCCUGGGAAUACCUGGCCCCAAACCUGUACCAUUCUUGGGAAAUGCAAUGGACUUCGAGAAAAAGAGUUUUAUUUAUACACUACUAGAUUGGAGAAAACCAUAUGGUCACGUGUUUGGAACCUUCUUCGUCUCUAAACCGAUGCUUGUUGUCAGUGAUCUUGACAUAGUGAAAGAAAUACUGGUCAAGGACUUCAAUAAUUUUGUGGACAGAUUCUUUAUAGUUGACACCUUCCCGCCGGUAGUAGACAAAGGACUAUUUUUCACCGGAGGUUCAACGUGGAAGCGUCUUCAUAGGCUGAUGACACCUACGUUCACUGUCGGCAAGUUGAAGAAUAUGAGUCAUUUCAUGGACCGAUGUGCUAAAAUUCUGAAGGACAAUCUCCGGGAAAAAACGAAUCACAAAGAAGUGAUUGACACCAAUGAUGUCUUUGGCGCCUUCACCAUGGACGUGGUUGCGGGGACGGCAUUCGGACUGGAGACCAACUCCCAGACACAACCGGCCGAGCCCUUCGUCAAAAGCAUGAAGAACAUGUUCCACAAGAUGUCAGGAAGAAGAACCCAAUUGCUCUUAUUCGUAGGAAUGUUCCCGUUUAUGAGUCCACUCAUAAGGAGAUUGGGCAAAGGCAUAUUCACGGGAGAAGAGUCUGACUUUCUCGUCAACUCCGUGUACAGGAUGGUCGACGAAAGACGACAAGCAAUAGAAGACAAAAAGCGCACAGACUUCCUACAGCUGCUAGUCAAUGCCGAGGACACUGGGUUGGACGUCGCUCAGAAACGUAUGACGAGGGAGGAGGUUGCGGGUCAAGGCUUUGUCAUCCUGAUCGGCAGCUACGAGACAACAACCACCACCCUGCAGUACCUGACCUACAACCUGGCCAAGAACCAGGACGUUCAGCAGCGAGUGUACGAGGAGAUGAGAGACGAGCUGGGCGAUGAGGACCCCACCUACGACAACGUGGGCAGACUGAAGUACCUGGACACCGUCAUCCAAGAGACACUCCGGGUCUUCCCACCUGUGCCAUUGAUCACCAGAAAAGCACUGGAGUCAAGAACCAUUAAAGGAGUGACCAUUCCCGCCGGUAUGGGAGUAGGUAUUCCCAUCUACAGCAUCAUGCAUGACCCUGAUUACUUCGACGACCCGGAGGAAUUCCGGCCUGAAAGGUUUAGUGAGCUAAAAAGCUCCAAAAUACCCAGCAUUCUCCUGGAGCUGCCCUUUGGCUACGGUCCACGUCAGUGUAUCGGCAUGCGUCUGGCGCUUCUGGAAAUCAAGUUCGCUGCCGUGCGCAUCCUGCGUCACUUCCGGUUUCUUCCGUGCGAAGACACACCGGACAAGAUCGAAUUUGGGAAAUCUGGACUCACUUCACCCACGAAACCUAUCAAGCUGAGAACCGAACUCCGUGAGUGACAUCAGGAUGCCUCUCUCGAGGAACUGGAAACCGUGCAUGUGAUGAACUGUGUGCCUCACACUAUUGAGUUCAAAUGUUUGCUCUCACGGAAAGUGAUGUCAGCUAUCUGUGUACUGCACACUUUCUAGCCUUUAUUAACCUGUGUAUCUGUAGCUACAAUGUGAACAAUAAUUUAGUGCGCUAUGAAUCGGGAUUCCAGAGUAAUGUCAAAUGACAAUCAUUUGAUUAAAGCUUGCGGAUUUUAAAUGAUAAAGACCCUCUUGUUACAGCAAUCGUCGUUUGAAAAGGUUCUUUUCAUUUUUCUUAAAGGUCAGCUCGAGUGUAGCAAGCUAAGCUGCUAAAAUAACAGUCACAACUGACAGCACAUGAUAAUAUUUUAUUAUGCCUACCCAUAAACGAUACAUUAUGUUAAAUAUAUUAUGAAAUUAUAAAUUAUAUACACUUUAUUUGCAUAAAAAUGUUUUUUUCUCAUUUAUAAUCGUCAGUUGCAUAGAAAUUUCACUGUUUAAUUACUGGCACCUGUUCCCGUUUAGUGUAAGUUCCAGUUAAGUUUAAUUGUCACAUUCAAUUACAUACUGUUUUUUAAGCUCACUACCUUUGUGCGUUUCUAGAAAAUUUUGUAAUCGAUUUUCACCCAGUUAAAGGUCUAAAAUUUUCAUUAAUUACUUAUUUCCUGUGACAAUUAAAUCAUUUCCAUCAGUUGACAAAUGGUAAAAUCAUUUUAAUGAUUUGUAAAUUUUUGUAUGGGAACAUUGUUAUUAUUAUAGAACUAGGGAAUUAUCUCCCCUGAUUCGGCUUAUGACGAAAUAAAAAAGAUCGAUAAUUUAACCUGUGUGCGGCUCGUGCUGCUGAAUGUUGUCCAGAAGUGAUAGCGUUCUUCGGAGCUGUGCAGAAACUGUACAAUAUAUUUAGGAGAAGCCCUCAGAGAUAGGACAUUUUGACAGAAACUAUAUUGACUGUUCUUUGUGCAACUUAUCAGUCAUUCCUGAAUGUAAAGGGCUUUAAUAUACACCACAACUUCUCUUAUCUCUGAUGCAUGGUAAACAAAAGAAGCAAAGACGUAGUAUAAUUAGCAUUCUGUUAUCUGGCAUCAAGAGUGUGAAAUGGAAAAGGGAAGAGUGCAUAGUGUAUUUUUUUUAGGAAUAAACAGUUUACUAAGUCCAUAUAUUCAGGGCAUGCAAAGAGAAAGUGCUGUUCAGUAUCAACUGUGUCAAAGCAAAAGGCAGUUCAAACAUUCUGAGUGAGUUAAGCAAUAACGCUGCUGAUAGUAUUUAAUUACAGUUAUGCCCAUUCUACAUUUUAAGAAAGUAUUUCAUAGGUCUCUGUGUUUCAACCAGACAAGGUAGUUGCUUCAAAUGAGUCUUGAAUGUAUUAUAUGGGAAAUAUCUUGAUCUGCUUUAAAUCGCAUCAUGCCACUGCUGGUGGUGACAGUCUAUCUAUCAGCCUCUGUUUCAGGAUUUGUUAAAAAAAAAAUAAAAGUUUAUCGUCUCCAGUACCUUGAGAUUCCCACACCAUUCCAAAACCGUAUUAAUACAAAAAUAUCUUAAUAAAGUGUAACCAUGU